AUGGGUCAACAAACAAGUAGAGAACACGCUCCAUUAACAUUUGGAUAUGUAAACCAAAAAUUAACAAUAUCUAAUGAAGAAGAGGAUGCUAUUAUUACCGAAAAAUUCGAACAAGAAAAGGAUUUCGUAUUAGCAAAUCCACACUUAUAUCAAUUACAAUCAACAUGUGAACAAUGUCAAAAAUUAUCUUCUUCACCAUCAAAUAAUGAACAAGUUGUUGUUUCUUUAAUAAAUGAAGCAUGUGCUAAAUGUAAAAAGCAGAAGCGUUUAUCAUUGGUUAGAAAAGACUUGGCAGAAGAUUUGGAAUAUAUCGACCAAACCUAUUAUCCCGACUUAAUUCAUUAUAACUCUGAAGAAGAUCCAAUGGAGCAAGAAUUACUAGAGUUUGAAACUGAUACCUCACAGCAACAGCAAUGGUCUCGAUUAACUAUUGGUGAAGCUACUACUAUUACCCCAAAAGGAAAACCAAGGAAAUUAACGGGUCUUUCAAUGGCUGUUGAUUUAUCAAAUAGAUCACUUGUAAAGCUUAGUCCAAGUAUAGGAUAUUUAGAUAAUUUAACAAAAUUAAAUCUUUCAAACAAUCAAAUGACAAGUUUACCAAGAGAAAUAGGUUAUCUUAAAAGCCUUCGAGUAUUGAAUAUAUCAAGCAAUUUUAUUGAAGAGAUACCUGAUACGAUUGCCUUCUUAACUAAAUUAAGGGCAUUUAAUGUGGCACAUAACAAGCUCGUUCAAUUACCUUCUUCUAUUGGUUAUUUACCAAAAUUAGCUAUUAUAGUUGCCAAUGAUAAUCAUCUAACUUCUCUUCCUCGUGAAUUCGUUCAUCUAGUAAAUCUUAUCUCUCUUAAUGUAUCUAAUAAUCCUCUCAAGACAUUACCUGCUGAAAUUGCUACUCUUAGUACAGUUAAAAGGUUACUAACAGAUAAUUGCCCUUUUGAAGAAGAAUAUACUUAUGAUUUACGACAUGACCCACCCUCCUUAUUUGAGAUUUGUGCUCGUAUUGCUGUACGCUCCGAGAUAAAUAUUCCAAAUCACUUUGCUGAUCAUAUCAAAGAAUACCUAUCUCGUGCUGAUACCUGUUCUUAUUGUAAAGGUCCCUUUUUUGAUAGUUGUGUAACACGUGUACGAUAUAUAGAAAGAAGAGCUAGACAGCCUAUUGCUUUACAGUAUACGCUUUGUUCAGCUCAUUGGUCUGAUGAAAAUGAUCGUUUACUUGCUAUGUUUUCUAAUCAACUUAAAACUAAGAAUAACAGUACACAUCGUAAUAUUGAUACAGAAGGUUUAAAUGAUAAUAUAACUCCUAGAAAUCGUCUUCGGCAUCGUGCUUAUAGUGACAGUACUUAUAAUUCGCAUAAUUUGGGUAACUUAUUAACUACACCUAUUAUAUCAUCCCCACUCUCUGGACGAUCAAAUGCAAAUUCUUUAGAUAAUUUAUCAUCUUCUUCUUCAAUACCCAUUUCAUUACUGAAAAGUCAACCUAAUUUACCUGCUCUUCCACAACAACAACAACAACAACAACAACAAGAAUCAGCAAUUCCUGGUUUAUCUCCUCCCUCUUCUUCAUUUUUGUCACCUAAUAUCAAAGGAAAUCGACCUCGUGCCUCUUCAGCAGCCUCCGUAACAAAACGACUUACUAACUUUAUUCGUUCUAACAGCAGUACAUCUCUUACAAGAACACGUAGCUCAAGUAAUUCUUCUUCAACUUCAACAUCAUCCUCGUCACGACUUAAAUAUCAAGAACAACCUAUUAACACUAUUUCUUCUUCGUCUAUAACAAUAACACCUCGUCAAUUAGAAGUAAAAGAAGGAGCUACUCCUACUCAAGGUUUACGUAAUUGGGCAGAUAGCAUUCAAACAGCAUCUAUGGCAGCAGCCAAGACAAUUGCAACUCAACAACAACAAAAUCAAAUUGAAAGCUAUUUUAUCUCAAAGAACAAUAACUAUCCUGUUAUAAUGCAUCAAACUGAAUUAUUAUCCUCGGAAACAUAA